AUGGCGGUGCCCUUCGUGGAGGACUGGGACCUGGUGCAGACGCUGGGCGAGGGCGCCUACGGGGAGGUGCAGCUGGCCGUCAACCGCCGCACCGAGGAAGCCGUGGCCGUGAAAAUCGUGGACAUGAAGCGAGCGGCCGACUGCCCGGAGAACAUCAAGAAGGAAAUCUGCAUCAACAAGAUGCUCAACCACGAGAACGUCGUCAAAUUUUAUGGGCACCGGCGGGAAGGCGCCACGCAAUACCUCUUCCUGGAGUACUGCAGCGGCGGAGAGCUCUUUGACCGCAUCGAGCCGGAUAUCGGGAUGCCGGAGCCGGAGGCGCAGCGUUUCUUCCAGCAGCUGAUCGCCGGCGUGGUUUAUCUGCACAGCAUCGGCAUCACCCACCGCGACCUGAAGCCGGAGAACCUGCUGCUGGACGAGCGAGAUAACCUGAAAAUCUCCGAUUUCGGCUUGGCCACCGUCUUCAAGCACAACGGCCGGGAGCGGCUGCUCAACAAGAUGUGCGGCACCCUGCCCUACGUGGCCCCCGAGCUGCUGCGGCGCCCCGAGUUCAGGGCUGAGCCCGUCGACGUCUGGGCUUGCGGCGUGGUGCUGACCGCCAUGCUGGCCGGAGAACUGCCCUGGGACCAGCCCAGCGAUAGCUGCCAGGAAUACAGCGACUGGAAGGAGAGGAAGACCUACCUCCCGCCUUGGAAGAAGAUCGAUUCGGCACCCUUAGCUUUGCUGCACAAGAUCCUGACGGAGAGCCCGACGGCGAGGAUCACCAUCCCCGACAUCAAGAAGGACCGGUGGUACAGCAAACCCCUCAAAAAGGGCGUCAAGCGGGCUCGCGUGUCCUCGGGGGGGGUCGCCGACUCCCCCGGCGGCUUCUCCAAGCACGUCCGAUCCGAUAUGGACUUCUCGCCGGUGAAGGGCGCGCUCGGCGAGGAGAAGGCGAGCUACUCCACGUCGCAGCCGGAGCCCGGCACCGGCGGGGCGCUCUGGGAGAGCGGGGCGGCCAGCAUCGACAAGCUCGUGCAGGGCAUCAGCUUCUCCCAGCCCGCCUGCCCCGAGCACAUGCUGGUUAACAGCCAGCUCCUCGGCACCCCGGGCUCCUCCCAGAGCCCGUGGCAGCGGCUGGUGAAGCGGAUGACGCGCUUCUUCACCAAACUGGACGCCGACGGCUCUUACCGCGCCCUGCAAGAGGUCUGUGAGAAGAUGGGGUACGGCUGGAAGAAGAGCUGCACGAACCAGGUCACCAUCUCGACCACGGACAGGAGGAACAACAAACUCAUCUUCAAGGUGAACCUGGUGGAGAUGGAGAGCAAGAUUCUGGUGGAUUUUCGCCUCUCCAAGGGCGACGGCCUGGAGUUCAAGCGGCAUUUCCUGAAAAUCAAGGGCAAGCUCAGCGACAUCGUCAGCACCCAGAAAGUCUGGCUGCCCGCCACCUGAGCCCCCUGCACCCCACCUGCCCCCUCCUCCUC